AGUGGGAGGCGGGGGGAACGACAGAGACACAGAUACAGAUACAGAGACAGAGACACAGGGUGAAGCCAGCAGUCAGGAUCGACUUGCAGGAACUGAAGAAACGCCGGUGUAGAUAAGGAUACGGGGGGAGGUGACAGACACCGACAGUAUCUGAAGGAAAGUUUUACAGCGGAGCUGAGCAACGCUCUGUCGAGUGAUCGGGAGCUCCGGGCGAUCCCAGGGACACGAACUGAGCUCAAUGGAGCCGGAGAGCGUGGAUCAGGCGGUAGGCUACUUGGAGGCGGCUCUGCGGAAGGUGGAGCUGGAGGUUCAGGGGGACAUGGGGGCGCUGAGACGGGACGUGGAGCAGCGGAUCGAGGAGCUGCUGCAGUUGGUGAAGCCGCUGUCGCUGAUCGUGGACAGACUGCAGGCGGAGAACCGAGACUUGCGCGGACAGGUCCAGCGCCUCGCUCAGCAGGUGGAGCGGCUGACGGGCAGAGCCGGCCGAGACGCCGACACAGCAGCCGGGGUCUGCAGCGAGCCGGCCGGAAGGCCUGGAGAGCAGAUGACUGAGCAGAAUGGAAUGGAAGGCAGUGGACCUCCACAUUGCAGGACAGAAAUGGCCCCCCUCCAGUCUGCACGAGAAAAGGAGGGGACAGCACCAUGGAACGUGCCGUCCCUGGCUCUACAGCAGCACCGGCCGGCAGCGGUGAGCCUGGCUCACCUGCCUAUCACCGCCGUUACCAAGUCCGGGGAGAAGUUCUCUGCGGAGGUGUCGAGUGGCGCCACUCCCCGCUCGGAGUCCCUCGCUCAGCCGGCUGUGAACAAACCCCAGACAGAGUGUGUCGGCCAGACGGCACCACAGACAGGCAAGAACGCCAACGGCAGUAGGACGCUCUCUUCCACCACACACUCCACGUCACGCGACGUCCGUUCUCCGACCAGUGUCCUCGACCUUUACCCAGGCGUGAACGCCAAAUCGCGGUCACCACCACCAACAGCACCUCGCCAGGGGGGGAAGAGGCCUCAGCUGAUGCGGUCACAGACACUGCCGCGGACAUCAGCACCCCAGUCCAGAAAGGCACUCUUUGAGAAGUUUGAGCCAGAAGGCAGCAGGGGGAGAGUCGGAGUUUCAAAGGGAAAGCUCCAGAGGUCACAGAGUUUUGGAGUGGCUAGUGCGAGCAGCAUCAAACAGAUCCUCCUGGAGUGGUGUCGCUCCAAAACGAUAGGGUACAAGCUCAUUGACAUCCAGAACUUCUCCUCCAGUUGGAGCACUGGAAUGGCAUUCUGCGCCCUCGUCCACUCCUUCUUCCCUGAGGCUUUUGACUACAAUGAGCUCAAUCCCAGCGACCGCAAGCACAACUUCGAGCUGGCGUUCGGCACGGCUGAGAAGCUGGCACACUGCGACAGGCUAAUUGAAGUGGAGGAUAUGAUGGCGAUGGGGAACAAGCCCGACCCCAUGUGUGUCUUCACCUACGUCCAGUCGCUCUACAACCACCUGCGCCGCUUUGAAUGAGGCCACCCCCUUGCCAGAGCGGUGGCCAAGCAGCACUGGUAAUCCCAGCUCCAGGGGCGCGGUGCCAGGGGAUGAACAAAUCCCGAACACCAUCUCCCGCUGACACAGGGUACAAGCACCCAACGCAGAUUGCACCAGGAUCGUCCUGACCCACUCCGAAGUAGCAUCUUACUUUAAAGAUUACAAUAAAAAGAAAUUUCACUUGUAUUGUCAGGA